AUGGUUACAGCUUUGUUCACUCUCUUCCCGAACCUUCCCCCAGAGCUCCGCCACCAAAUAUGGCGAUACGCUCUACCUGACAAGAUUAGACAAGCUUUAUACGUCUACCAGGCGGACUGCUUGAAGCUUAAACGCCUGAAAGAAGGCAACAGGUACUAUAUGAAUAGUGAUGCGGGGCUUGACUUACUUUCCGAAUGGUGCCCCUAUUUAUUGGACCCUAAUCCUAUCAAAGUUGAGGUGCCGCUCCUCUUUGUCAGCUCUGAAGCCCGUGGCAUUACCUUAGCCUGGAUGCGAGGGCAAGGUCUCAAGAUACACUCCUACAAAGCUGGGCAAGCCCCUAUUGCUAUACGCCCAUUUGACCCAGAACAUGAUACACUAUACAUCCCGUAUGAUUACUGGGGAGGGUUUUUGGACUAUACGCUACUUUCACUGGCUCAAUACGACGAAAUUUAUAAUUAUGACCUCUUAGGCCUUAAACGCAUCGCCGUGUCUGAAGGUCUAAUUCUGGACCAGGAACGCAUAUCCGAGACUUGGCUCUUGUACUGUGGUCUCGAAAAGGUAUUCAUCAUUCCCGACGCGCAGUCAGAUAUGCAGCCCGAGGAGCAUGGCCGAAAAGUAAAAGGUCGGUUAGAGCUUCACGACAUUCAGGGACCGAUGCGUUUUUGGAAUAAUGACCGUGGAUGCUUUGAGUGGGAGAAUAGUGCAGAUGCCGGCGACGAGACCCUGAAAACGGCGAUGGAGAAGGCCUGUGAUGGGCUAGAUGAAUGGCUUCAAAAUGGCGAGAAAACAUUCGAGGUCCGGGCUGCAUCUGUCGUUAGAAAAUGA